AUGGCAGGAGUUGGAGCCAUGGGUACAGCGUUCUUUGGGCCAUUUGGGCCGAGACUACACAAGCACCCUCGCCGCCACACACGCACGAGUCGUAGCAACCUAACCCUUAGCAAUAUUUCCUCCACACCCACAGCUGUGGCGACGGCGGCCACCCACCAGGACGAGCUCGCCCAAAAUGCUCCGCCGCCCUCGCCACUUCCUCCCCGCGAAACACCGUCGCCGCCCAAACCCCAACCCAAACAGCCCGCCGCCGAUCCCCCCACCCCGACCUACACCCGCGACAUCGUCCGCCGUGUCACCAACAUACUCCGCGACCACCCCUGGUCGGCGGCGCGCCCGCUCCUCCUCUCCCUCCCGGGCCUCACCUGGGACUCCCACACCGUCGCCCGCGUCCUCAAGACCCACCCGCCCCUCCAAAAGGCCUUCCUCUUCUUCCGCCUCGCCGCCUCCCCCGCCGCCGACCCCAAGGCCGCCUUCCGCCACGACCGCUACACCUACACCUCCAUGCUCCACCUCCUCGGCGAGGCCGGCCGCGUGCCCGCCAUGCUUCGCCUCCUCGCCGAGAUGCUGCGAGCCGGGGUGGACCCCGACGCCGCCACGUUUACCACGUUUCCCCGAUGCUGAGAGCUUUCCCCCGCGUGGCCUGUGGUUGCCGACAGGAUCCUCGCCCCAAGGUGGGCCGCGAGGCUGCCUCCCUACCCCGGCGACCCCCCGACCCCGGCGGCUCCUACGACUAUCACCCUUCCCCUGGAUCCGACCAAUGCGCCCUCCAUCGGCACCCUGCUCGCUCGCGUCGGAGUUGGGUACAAAGGCGACGGCGGCCUCGGUUGGUGGACGUCCCGAUCUGCAGCAUCGGCUGCUCGGAGCUCCUGCUGGUGGGGUCCUCCGAGUGCAGCUCCUUCCGCAGCGCCGUCCCGAUCUGCAGCGCCGUCCCGAUUUGCUCGCCCCCAAGCGACCUCGACGCCGUCGCGUCGGCCUUGGCCUCCAACGGUUCUUGUUCCUCUGGUUUGCUUCAUGUCCUUGAACAACUGCAUCAACAGCGGGAUCAACAAGGUGUACGUCCUCACCCAGUUCAACUCCGCCUCCCUCAACCGACACCUCUCCAGGGCCUACAGUUUCGGCAAUGGCGUCGGCUUCGGAGACGGUUUCGUUGAGGUGUGAAACUCUAGAAUUCAGACUGCAUGCAUUUUGUUCAGAACUUUUCAAGUUUGAUACCAAUCCCGGUUCUCUUUGGGGUGAGAUCAAUGCUAUCAUGGCCCUGCACUUUGGGCAUGAAGGGUGGGACCAAGGUGAAGGUGUAUGAUCUGAUGGCAUUAUGAUGAGUUUCUUUUUUCUCAGGAUGUUUCUGUAAAACGCGGCUCUAGCUGGCCCCAACCUUGUAAUAUUGCUUAAUUAAUGUAAUAGCAACUAUAUGGCGAAGGUGGACGUUCUGGUGGCUA